UCUCAACUCACUUUAAAUAUUCCGAUAUCUGUUGAUAUUAUUCAAUAAAUUCUGUAGUUUCAAGCGUUGGAUACUCAUAACUGGUUCAACAGACGGGUUUGGCCGCCAAUUAGCACAAGAAUUGGCAGCUAAUAUUUAUGAAAAUUUUGUUAUUAUUCAUGGGAGGAGUGAAAAAAAUUGUCAAAAAACUGUUGAGGAAUUGGGAAUGGAACAUGAAAAUGUUGGGAAUAAUCGGAAACAAAGGAAUGUUGAUUUUGUAGCUGCUGAUUUUUCGAAACUAUCUGAGGUUUUAAAAAUGUCAGAAGUUGUUCGGUUAAGAUUUCCACGACUAAAUACAUUAAUUGCUUGUGCAUCUGUUGUUGUUCAGCGAAGAAUAAAAUCUCAUGAUGGACUUGAACUUACUUUACAAAUCAACCACCUUUCUCACAUUGUUUUGUUCACUGAAUUACUACCAUUGCUUGAGCUAAAUUCUCCAUCAAGGAUUUUAACCGUUGGUUCUAUGUUGCAUAACUUGUAUGUUUUUAUUAGAGAUCGAAGAUCUCAUAUUUCCGGGUCUUGUAUCCGGGUUCUCUUUUCUUUUAACUGA